AUGUUAAAUUUGCUACAUAAAGGUCACCCAGGUCAGGAACGUAGCUUCCGCAGGGCACAAAUUUCUAUGUUUUGGCCUAACAUUAGCAAAGACAUAGUGCAGAAAGUGCAACAGUGUUCUGUAUGUGCAGAGCAUCAAAGGUCAAAUUCAAAGGAACCCUUGGUUUCACAUGAAAUCCCUAAGUAUCCAUGGCAGGUAAUAGGUACUGAUGUAUUUACAUUAGAUAACAAAGACUACUUGUUAGCAUGCGACUACAUGAGCAACUAUUUUGAAGUUGACAUGAUUAAAAAUACAAACAGUAGCACUAUUAUUAAGUUAAUGAGAACUUGGUUUUCAAGACAUGGUAUUCCCCAGAAAAUAGUUUCAGAUGGUGCUAGUUAUUACACAUCACAAGAAUUUAAAGAAUUCACAACUAAAUGGGACAUAAAGCAUGUAAGGUCAUCACCUCAAUAUCCCCAAAGUAAUGGCCUUAGUGAAUCAUGCGUGAAGAAAGUAAAAACAUUGCUUAAAAAAUGCAAGCAAGAUGGAACAGACCCUUUGAUAGCAAUUUUAGAAUUACGUGCUACCCCGCUAAGCAUAGGUUAUUCUCCCACUGAAAUCCUAAUGGGAAGACAAAUAUGGACAUUUAUACCCAUGUCUGAAUAG